CUCUUACACCUAAGACCCCCUAUAAGUAAGUUGGGAUAUCUUUUGAAAACCUAAUCUCUGAAAAGAAAAGAUGUUUGCGAUCCCUUACCUGCUCGAUUAAAGAAAGUGGGAUCUGUCCUUGCAUUUCUGAGAUAGGGCUCCCUCAUGGCAUUCUUGCUCUUGCAUUUCAAAGUCGAAUCGGGAAUCUAUUCUAUCCUUAGGCUAAUGGUUUGCAGGCCAUUUCUCUUUCAAUCUUAUGUCGUGAGGGAUGUGACCGAUGUUAGGUCCAUAAUAUACCAAAGCUUUUGGUGUUCUAUGAUUCACCUCCGAAUAAUGAGUAGGUAGUUCGAUCCUUUUGAUUCUUAUCUUCCUAGUAAACGGGGAAGUGAGGCUUUCCAAGCCGAACGAAACGAAGACUUUCCAUUUCAAACUUGUAACCAAUCCCCCCGAGGGGGACGAGGCCAUAGGCCGAAGGGGGGAAACGAACCAUAAAUGGAAGGUAAGUUUCUCCGAUCGGAGUUGUGUCGGAGAAACUUUCACUUGUAAGGACUCCCCCCGAGGGGGUUGGGGGGGAAAUCGUCGGACCAGGGAGGGAGUCUCAAUCGAUCUUUUCUAGGAUUCCAACUCAGGCCACGCACGGAGAUUUUUCCAGUUGAGGGCUCGGCUCCCCCGACUCUUAAAGGUUAGGUUACUACCUGCCUCUACGGAAGAGGUGUACUUUGUACCGCCCGGAGGUCAUAUAGAUCGGAACCAGGUCAUCAUGUCUUUCUGACGUAAUCUCUCUCGAGCCUCUUGAAGAGAGCAGUUGUGAAAGCCCUGGCUUUCCAACCGCGCCAGAUGCGCGUGCUCGGGCUUUGAUUCGCUUUUCAGAGAAUGGAACACAUGGAAGUGCAUAACAUACCAGGCGUAAAAGUAAUGACCAGGGUAGGGGGUCGAGUGUUCAUGAAUUUUGGAAACCUUCUUUGUAUGCUUCGCAAACCCGCUACACAGCGUGGCAAUCAUUGCAGGGCAUAAGGCCACCCCUGUCUUUGUAGCCAUCCGAACCGAUUGACUUAUCUUUCCGGUCAGGUCGAGACACUGCUUCCGAAUCCAUUGAUUCCCAAUCCGUAGCUGCUGCGCCAUAGUUGAUCCCAGUCGCCUUGUCUUUGGCCCCCUCCUUCGACCGGCUGCAUCGGCGUAAUAACGUUGUCCCCUAAGGUGCUAGUGGCGAUACCUACAGAACACACUAAGGUAGCUCAAGUAGUCCCCACCAAGGAAUUGUUCUGGGGGCAGGAAGAUUGCUGUCACGUAAAUGUCGAAAGCGAUUCCUCUUCUUCAAAAGAAGACCUUGGGUUCCCCGAAGCUGUUCUAGAGUCGGUAGCUUUAAUUGCUCGUGUUGAAUCAGCCGGGAGUGACAGCGAUUCGGCAUCGAUUUGGUGGGAGUAGUUCUACUUCUCUUUUCCUACGGCACAGCAAUUGGCCUACCGAAUUUUACCUAACCUCUAGCCGAACGUAGUUUGCGAGUUGGGUCAUUGACUUAUUGGCCUUUCAUCGAAGAGAUCGCGCAUGGGGAGUGAACCUUUGCUAUUUCUAUUUAGAAAGAGAGUGUAUUCUUUUCUUAUUCCAGUCACCUUCUUUCUGAUGCGGGUAUCCAAUCCCGCCGCUGAGAUGUCCAGCGGAAUUUUUAUUCUUUUUGCUUUUCUCAAUGCGCAAGUCUCCUUACAAGUCUCCUUCUAUCCAAUGAUCAGGUUUUGCUCUUUCAUGUCAUGGUUAAGGUGAUACAUGUGUAAUGGGAAUUAAAAUUCAAAUGUUGAUUCAGGUAGCAAAAGGGAGUGCUGAUGUGAUCAUAGUGGAUGACAACUUCACUACCAUUAUAAAUGUAGCCAAAUGGGGUCGUGUGGUUGACAUAAAUAUCCAGAAGUUUGUACAGUUCCAAUUGACAGUUAAUGUGGUUGCUCUGAUGGUCAAUUUUGUUUCUACAUGCAUCCCAGGGAGUGAUCCACUUACUGCUGUCCAGUUGCUCUGGGUCAACAAGAUUAUGGAUAUGUUCGGUGCGUUAGCAUUAACAUCAGAGCCUCCAAGUGAUGAACUAACGGAAAGACCACCUGAUGGGCGGGGAGAGAACUUCAUCACCAGGGUCAUGUGGAGUAAUAUCAUUGGCCAGAGUAUAUAUCAGCUGGCUGUACUUGGACUUCUCAUGUUUGAUUGGAAACAACUGUUGAAAAUCAGGGGUCCAGGUGGUGAUUCAGUUUUCAAUAAUUUCAUAUUCAACACAUUUGUGUUUUGCCAGGUAUCCAUUGUAACUGUAUGUUUUAAGUAAAAAUAUGAAACAUUUCUUGUAAUUAUGGCUUAGCACCAUUAUUGCAUGGUUUUUCAUUUUGGAUCUCAA